GAUAAUGUGUGGUUUCGCCAAAAAAUAUGCUCUAACUUGUAGGUUGGUUGCAGAGACUGUGGUUGGUAGCUUUUUCUGCUGUAGCAAGUCUGGAAGGGUAGCCAGCUAGCUACAAAUUCAAGAUGCCGGCUUAUCAUUCGAAUUUGAUGGAUUCUGACUCAAAGCUGGUGGGGAACAUGGCUUUGCUUCCCCUGAAAACCCAGUUUAAAGGUCCCGCUCCCAGAGAGACCAAAGAUUCAGACAUCAUUGACGAGGCCAUCUACUACUUCAAAGCUAACGUAUUCUUCAAAAACUAUGAAAUUAAGAAUGAAGCGGACAGAACCCUGAUUUACGUGACCCUGUACAUUUCGGAAUGCCUUAAGAAGUUACAGAAGUGUAGCUCCAGGGGCCAAGGAGAGAAAGAAAUGUACACCUUGGGAAUCACAAACUUCCCGAUUCCAGGAGAACCAGGUUUCCCUCUCAAUGCCAUGUAUGCCAAGCCCACAAACAAGCAGGAAGAGGAGACCAUGAGAGGCUACCUACAGCAGAUUCGACAGGAGACGGGUCUGAGGCUGUGCGACCGUGUUUUCGACCCCCAAACGGAUAAACCCAGCAAGUGGUGGAUUUGCUUUGUGAAGAAACAAUUUAUGAACAAAAGCCUGUCUGCGCCAGGACAGUAGACAGCCACUGGAAAAUUCAACUGCAAGGUUGAACUUUUUGUCUGUUUGGACAACCUUUGGUGUUUUUUUAUACUGUGUAUCAUGGAUGUAAUUAAAUGAAAAUGACUUGUUGGCCAA